GCAACAAGCUCCAGCCCUCCCGGAAAUUACUCAAACUGAGGGCAGAAUCUUCAGGCGAAGUACUAUGGAGACAUCUAUGGCUUUUUGGGAGGGUCUCAUGGGUGAAGACCUAGUUCUCCCCGAUGGGGUGGAGCCAGAUCGGGCAGUAGUCGAAGGUGAAGGACGCGAAGAGGAGACAAUAAGACUCGUGGAUGAUGGACUAGUUGUCGCAGCUCAGAAAGAAGAUGAUGCUUCCUCCACUGGCUCGUGUGUGGGUUUGGUUGUGGAGGUCACUCCGCCUGUAUCUGUGCCGUGUGAACCUCACCAGGCAGUUCCCACCAUUCCUGCAGCUGCCCCGGAACCGGCUAACGAGUUGCUCGCAGCGUUUGAGAAGUUUUUACCAUCUAAUGGUGGAUCUAGCAGCCAAGUGCCUGCACCCGUUGUGGUGUCUGGGAGUGGAAUUUCAGUUGGAGAAAAAAGUCAGGACCAAGCUACUGUGGUUGUGACAACAAAGCUCGGCCUAACCAUUGACUGCGGUGGUGUGGCGGAUCCCGGCCCCCAUGAUGUGGCAACUAAGAAACCAAACUCCUCGUCUGAUGAAAGUGGAGAUGAUGGUGGGUUUAAAUAAGUUUAUUAUGGGCUGCUACUGCGAUAUCGGUUAUCUAAAAUAUUAAUCGGCUAAGUUUCUAAUAACCGGAUUGUUACAUUUUUCCUGUGAUAUAUUAACCGGCUAAACUGUGGUGUAUUGCGGCUAAUUAUUAGGAUAACGGUUAAGUUGGAUGUUUUCAGUAAAAAACGGAAGUGUGUUUUCUCAUGUACCGUUUAUCCGGCUUUAUAAAAUUAUGUAAGGUUAUGUGUUUCUGGUUAAUCUAUGUUUGUAUGUUCCAUUCGUCGGUUAUGUAAUGAAGUGUGUGUUUGG